AUGGGUACCAGCUCGUCAGCCGCACAGUCUACUCUAGUCGGAUGGAGAUCAGAGCCAGAUGGUAGAGGCACCCUGGGCCUGCUUGCGACAAGCCUGAGUACAAUCUUCCUUUGCACUUGGGUCGUCAUCCACCCCCGAGUCCACAAGAGCGAGGUGUACGCUGUACCUCACAAGCUGGCCCUGCUGGCGAAGACUCUAUUAGCGCCCGAGUUCAUCGCCAUCGAGGGCCUCCAGGAGUGGGCGCAAUGUCGAAGAAUGGUCUCUGAGUGUUCUGAAUUAUCGUACGGGGAGUUCAACCUCGUCCACGCCUACUAUAUCAGCAUGCUCGCGCUGCGAUACCAAACCCCUGACGGAAACAGAGUUAUCUGGCCAAACCAGUACACCUGGCUGCUCAGCCAGGGCCUUAUCAAGUGGGAAAACCAUGCUGAUUGGGGCCUAGCGAUAGAUCAAAUCCAGGACAAGAGCAAAUCCGACAGUAUCACCAAGUUUAUCACGUUGUCCCAGGUGCUUUGGUUUGUCGCAACUUGUAUAAUGCGUGCUGCCAAUGACCUUCCUCUCUCGCAGCUCGAAAGUAUGACGCUGAGCUAUAUUCCGCUGUUUGCCAUUACUUAUUUCUUCUGGUGGAACAAACCGAAGGACAUCUUCUCGCCCAGUAUCGUCCGCCUGCCUGCAAUGAGUCGGGAGGAAGUGCAACAUUUCGAGUCGAUGGCGCUCAGCAACAAGUUUGACGAGAACCAGACUCCAGUGACAUACUGGAGCAUAUGGUACUUGACCCCGAGAGUAUUUGAAAAGGAGGAGAGCGACAGGAUGGAAUUGGAUGCUCAUAACAGGGCUAUUGAGAGAGCCGCCGUCCAAACCAGUUCUCCCAAAGUACCAGAUGUCCACGGGGAGAUGGUCAAGCCCCGUAAGGAAAUUGUUGUUGCCCAUUGGGAUCCCCAUCUAUACCGGUCAAAAACAAUACGGUCGCUAUGUUGUCUGUUUGGGGCCUCGUUUGGGGCCCUCCAUCUGGCUUGUUGGAACACUAUCUUCCCAACGACGGUAGAGAUGUGGAUGUGGCGCGGUUCAGCCUUUGUUUCGAUUUUCUCGCUUCUGGCGUUCAUGCACUUUGAGAAGGUCAUUCUGCGCUGGGACGGCCUCAUAACGAUUGUGAAGAUUGGCGCGCCGGGGAUCUAUUUCAUCAGUCGUGUGUUGAUGAUGGGCGAAGUCUUUGCUGCCUUGAGGGCAGUCGACCCCGGAGUCUACGAGACCUAUGAAGUCGAGAAUUACGGGAUAAACCUGUGA